GGAGGGCGGGGCGGCUGGGGCGGGGCCGCGGAGUUAAUAAAGGGUGAGGGGAGGAGCCGGCGCGCGCCAUUGGCCGGCCGCGGCGGUGAUGUCACCCGCACGAGCCCCUGAUAACUAGUUGGGAGCGGGCCCUCAACUUUUUGCAGAAGGAGCGCGCGCGCCUGGGAGUGCUCGGGGUCCGGCGCUUGCGGCGGGAGCCACGAGCCGGAGAGGGGGGUCCCGGGCCGCCCGGACCGCCGCGGCCGCAGCUCGGAGCGCGCGGGCGGCAGCCGCCGCAGCCGCUGUGCGCGGCCUGGAAGGGGCGACGGGGGGCAGGGGGGGCGCCGCGAACGCGGGGCGCCGAGGACUUCGCCAGUGGCCCGGGAAGGUGGAGGGGUGGGAGGGGGAGGGGGAGCUCGGCACGAGAGCGAGCGCCCGGCCCCGCAGCGGAUCAUGGUGCAGCAGGCGGAGAGCCUGGAAGCGGAUAGCAACCUGCCCCGGGAGGCGCUGGACACGGAGGAGGGCGAAUUCAUGGCGUGCAGCCCGGUGGCCCUGGACGAGAGCGACCCGGACUGGUGCAAGACGGCGUCGGGCCACAUCAAGCGGCCGAUGAACGCGUUCAUGGUGUGGUCCAAGAUCGAGCGCAGGAAGAUCAUGGAGCAGUCGCCGGACAUGCACAACGCCGAGAUCUCCAAGAGGCUGGGCAAGCGCUGGAAGAUGCUGAAAGACAGCGAGAAGAUCCCGUUCAUCCGGGAGGCGGAGCGGCUGCGGCUGAAGCACAUGGCCGACUACCCCGACUACAAGUACCGGCCGCGGAAAAAGCCCAAGAUGGACCCCUCGGCCAAGCCCAGCGCCGGCCAGAGCCCCGAGAAGAGCGCGGCGGGCGGCGGCGGCGGCGGCGGCGGCGGCGCGGGCGCGGGCGCGGGCGCGGGCACGGGCGGCGCCAAGGCCUCCAAGGGCUCCAGCAAGAAGUGCGGCAAGCUCAAGGCGCCCGCGGCCGGCGGCGCCAAGGCCGGCGCGGGCAAGGCGACGCAAGCCGGGGACUACGGCGGCGCGAGCGACGACUACGCGGCGGGCGGCCUGCGCGCGAGCGGCGCGGGCAAGACGGUCAAGUGCGUGUUCCUGGACGACGACGACGACGACGACGAGGACGACGACGAGCUGCCGCUGCGCCUCAAGCAGGAGGCGGACGACGAAGACGAGGAGCCGCCGCACGCGCAGCUCCUGCAGCCGCCCGGGCAGCCGCAGCCGCAGCCGCCGCUGCUGAGACGCUACAACGUGGCCAAGGUGCCCGCCAGCCCCACGCUGAGCAGCGCGGCCGAGUCCCCCGAGGGCGCCAGCCUGUACGACGAGGUGCGCGCGGGCGCCGCGGCGGCGGGCGCGGGGGCCGGCAGCCGCCUCUACUACAGCUUCAAGAACAUCACCAAGCAGCAGCCGCCGCCGCCGCUGGCGCAGCCCGCGCUCUCGCCCGCGUCCGCGCGCUCCGUCUCCACCUCGUCGUCGUCGUCGUCCGGCGGCGGCGGCGGCGGCGGCGAGGACGCCGACGACCUCCUGUUCGACCUGAGCCUGAAUUUCUCGCAGAGCGCGCACGGCGCCGGCGAGCAGCCGCUGGGCGGCGGCGCGGCGGCCGGGAACCUGGCGCUGUCGCUGGUGGACAAGGACUUGGACUCGUUCAGCGAGGGCAGCCUGGGCUCGCACUUCGAGUUCCCCGACUACUGCACGCCCGAGCUCAGCGAGAUGAUCGCGGGCGACUGGCUGGAGGCCAACUUCUCCGACCUGGUGUUCACCUACUGAGGGCGGCGCCGCGCUGCGCGCCCGGCUCCCCGCGGGCGCGCACCGGGGCCCCCGGGGCAGCGGGCGCGGCGGUGGCGGCCGCUGCG